GUGAUAGGCGAUAGCCGAGUGCCGACACUUUGUAAAUAUGUCUUCAUGUGCGUACAACGGUAGUAUGAGAUUAAUUAACUUAAUAAAACUGAGUAGCUCUCACAUGCCCAACAAUGUGGGCACAUUCUUAAAAUAUUCGGUGUUAACAACAAAGGAGUCGACAACAAAGCGUGUCAUACAUCCAAUUUUUUCAUCGGACACUAAAUUUAUACAUACGACUAAUAAAUUAAAUAACAAGAAAGACUUUUAUAACAUUUUGGGAAUUGCGAAAAAUGCAUCUCAAAAAGACAUUAAAAAGGCCUAUUAUCAGUUAGCGAAAAAAUUUCAUCCAGAUACCAACAAGGGUGACCCUAGUGCAAGCAAAAAGUUUCAAGAAGUCUCUGAAGCGUAUGAGGUUUUGGGAGAUGAAAGUCGAAGAAAAGAGUAUGAUACGUGGGGAUCGACUAGUAAUAUGAAUAUGGGAGGAACUGGAGGAAUGGGAAAUGAAAAUUACCAAAAUUCAUGGAGUUAUAAAUCUAAUGUUGAUGCUGAAGAACUUUUCCGUAAGAUUUUCAAUCAGACUGGUUUUGGAAACUCUCAAUUUUUUCAAGAUGAUUUUUCUGACUCGGCUUAUGGAUUUGGAGCUGCAGAAGAAGUUAUUGUAAAAUUAUCAUUCGAACAAGCUGCUAGAGGGUUAAAUAAAGAUAUUAACUUAAAUGUGGUUGAUAUUUGUCCAAAAUGUCGAGGAUCACGUUCUGAACUUGGCUAUAAGACGAUAACAUGUUCAGUUUGUAAUGGAACAGGAAUGGAAACUGUAUCUAGAGGUCCAUUUAUAAUGAAAUCGACGUGCAGAGCAUGUCAGGGAACUCGUGUAAUAAAUAAAAAUCCAUGUAUUGAAUGUCAUGGUAAAGGAAGUACUGUACAGCAUAAAAACGUAACGGUCCCUGUACCUGCAGGAAUUGAAGAUGGGCAAACGAUUAGAGUCUUAGUGAAUAAGAGUGAAGUAUUUAUAACUUUCAAAGUUGAUAAAUCCGAUUAUUUUAGAAGAGAUGGUUCUGAUAUUCAUACAGACGCUAAAAUAUCCAUAUCGCAAGCAUUGUUAGGCGGCUCUAUAAGGAUUAGAGGCAUCUACGACGAUCAUACUGUACAGAUAUCACCUGGUACUAGUUCGCACACUAAAAUAAGGUUAAAAGAGCAAGGAUUGAAAAAAGUGACCACUAACCUGCGUGGAGACCAUUACAUAAAUAUUCAAAUAGACAUACCCAAAUCUUUAACAGCUAAACAAAAAGCCUUGGUUAAAGCUUAUGCGGAACUAGAACAAAACACACCGGGAACGAUACGAGGCAUAAAUUACAAAAAAGACGGGCCUUCUGCUGAACAAACUCAAUCGACCCCAAACGCUGAUGAAGGAUUGUUAUCAAAAAUAAAGAAAGCUAUUUUGGGGUAGUACAACUUUUGGUGAUGACUCGUCUGAAGCUGAAACCUUAAAGUCUUUAAGAUCUAUAUUAGAAAAAAAGAAAAGUGAUAACAAAUAGAUUGUUGAGAAUAUUAGAACGUUAAUUAGUUGAUAAAUAAUAGUUUUUAAUAAUCUUUUUAUAAUAGUAUUUUAUAUAAAUACACAUUACGCUCCUUAUUUAUUACUAUUUGUCGUUUUCUAUACAAUAAAUGUAUAAUGAAUGUAAA